UCAACAAACAGACUCCAUUGGCUGCCUUAGUAGCAUAACUUUACUCAAAGUUGAAACGUCUUUUUCUCUUCUAUAAUAAUUACCGUCUUCAUAAUCGAGAAAUUCUUAAUUAAUCGUAAUAAUUGGUAUAUUACAAGGAUAACCGAUAAUUGCUGUAAUAAUAUAACCUGUUUUGUUAUGGUUGAUCUCUGAUAAUCUGCAAAGGAACAUGUUUUCUUUAGCAUCAAGUUAAUUUUCCUCAACAACAAACUCUUGAUUCUCCCUCAGAAGAACCUUCCUUUCUUCGUCAGUUUUGAUUAGCAUCAGGAUUUUGGGCAAUGCAUGUUGUUUAAUGGUAGUACAUGGAACAGUACCAAUAGCAACCCCUAAAGUAUGAAACAACAGUGAAUUAUUGUACGUGUAUUUAACAAAUUUAAACAAAGUAAAAUUCGUUUUGAAUAUUAGAUUCAUACAUCAGCAGUGAAAUCUGGUUGUAGUCCUUCAAGAUAUUGUACUUAAUUUUUAACAGAUUUAUUCAGUAAUUAUUUGUAAACAAUUUCGUGUUAAGAGUUGUGAAUUGAACACAUUGUCAUUACAGAACAGGCCAGGACAAAAGGCUAAAAUGAAUCCAGAACAUUCUUUAGAAUUUCCUUUGAAAAGUGAAACUGAAGGUGCAUUAUCACUACCUUCCAUAAACCAAGAAAACAGCAACUUGGCUGCCUUUAGUGGAACCAGUGAUGGAGACUUUUUGUCUCUGGAUCCAUUGAUGGACAUCAAAAUAGAGCCAGAGGAAUUCUGUGAGUCUAAUGAAGAUGAUGAAUAUUCAAAUGAAAUGAAUUCAACAGUGAAUGAAAAACAUCCACAAACUUGCAAAAAGGAAGUAAAACGAGAAAGAAGGAAUAGUCACAAUGGAGAGAAGCCUUUCAGAUCAACUGACUGUGAGAAAGCAUUUUACAAGAAAAUUAAUCUUACAAAUGAUAUCACAAAUCCUACCAGAGAGAAAUUCAUCUGCAAUGAAUGUGGGAAAGCAUUUUCCUCGAAACGCAUUCUUAGAGUUCAUAUGAGAAUCCACACUGGAGAGAAGCCAUACAUGUGCAAGGAAUGUGGGAAAGCAUUUUCUCAGAAAUCAAAUCUUACAAGUCAUAAAAGAUUGCAUACUGGAGAGAAGCCAUAUAUGUGCAAGGAAUGUGGGAAAGCAUUUUCCCACAAACCACAUCUUACAAGUCAUAUGAGAAUCCAUACCGGAGAUAAACCAUUCAUGUGCAAAGAAUGUGGGAAAGCAUUUUCCCACAAACCACGUCUUACAAGUCAUAUGAGAAUCCAUACCGGAGAUAUGCCAUUCAUGUGCAAAGAAUGUGGGAAAGCAUUUUCCCACAAACCACAUCUUACACGACAUAUGAGAUUGCAUACUAGAGAGAAGCCAUUCAUGUGCAAGAAAUGUGGGAAAGCAUAUUCCCAGAAAUCAAAUCUUAAACGUCAUAUGAGAAUCCACACUGGAGAGAAACCAUUCAUGUGCAAGGAAUGUGGGAAAGCAUUUUCCCAGAAAUCAAGUCUUACACGUCAUAUGAGAUUGCAUACUAGAGAGAAGCCAUUCAUGUGCAAGAAAUGUGGGAAAGCAUUUUCCCAGAAAUCAAGUCUUACACGUCAUAUGAGAUUACAUACUGGAGAGGAAAAAGAAACAACAUGAUAAAAUAAACCAGUUAAGGGCAGAGAUUGCUCAAAUGACCAACUAUAUGACAGAUCAAAUUCACUCACAAAAUCUGCUCAAGAAAAUAAAGAAAAAAUACAGAAUCGGGAUGAACAAAUGAGUGGAAAACUGGCAGAACACAAAGCUAAUAUAAAGGCCCUAGCUUCACAAAUAGGAAGCAAACAACAGAAGAUAAAAGCAAAACAGAUAAAUAGGCAUUUUGGUAAAAUUCCAUAGAGAGUGUAUAGAAAGAUGACGAAAGAAACAGUUGAGGUACGAAUGUAGGGCUGAUGCCUUUGUAUAAUAAGGAGCCCUGUGAGGUUAUUUAGAUCUGCAAUAAUUUAUGCCAAGGUCGGUUUGUUAUGACUCUCCUUCCUCAUUGGAGUGUCUUGGAUUUCGAUGAUAAUUUCUAAGUUAGUAUCUUCUUUGGAUAUGAAGGCGGAGAUGUUUCAAACUCAUGAUGAUAAUUUCUAAGUUCAAUCAGUAUCUUUCCAAUGCGAGGUUCUAGAGUUGAAACACAGAGUAUGAAAAUAUCUGUAUUCUCUGAGACUACAUGGUGAAGAUCAGAUAAAAUUGGACAGGUCUUCUAAUGAUGAUGGCUAAUUGAAGUCUGACUACAAUCUGGUUUACAAAUCUUAAAGUGAGCAGACAGUAGCUCGAACAUACGAACAUACACACAGAUGACAUAGAUUACAAGUCAUGUAGGCCGUUUGGGUUAUAGGUUAAUGUGGUUGUCUCAAGCAGGAGGCUUUGACAACCGUUUACAAAACAAUAGGUUUCAUGACCACGGAUGACGGCAAACUAGACACUGACUGAUACAACACGUCAUCUUAGCCUACUUUCUUAUCUGGUCUGAUCACACUUCUGCAAGCAAACUGGUUGACCUCUUGGGUCACUGGUUUUAAUUAAUCAUAGUUUUAGUUUUUAUAUAUGGAAUAACAUUCCAUAUUUUUGUAUUAUGUAACACUUACACAAACACCACCGAGCAAGGAAGACCUAGAGAGAUUUUGGAAGCAACUGUUUGAAGACCCUAAACAACACCAUGAGAAUUCAUGGAUUGACACUAUUAGGCAGAAGAACAGCUAGAAACAGCAAAUGCCACCAAUAAUGUUCACCAUUGGAAAAGUAACAAAGAAAUUGAAAGAAUACGUAUAAUAAUUUCAAGAUAACAGUAGAUGCUAGAUGCAUGUGACUUCAUAAAUAAGCAAAUCCCACAGGAAAAUGAUUGUCAGAAAUCCAAGCACUUACUAUCAUUUUCCUGUGGGAUUCGCAUAUUUAUGAAGUCACGUACAUCUACUGUGAUUUUUUAAGUAUAAUGGAAACCACAUGCAACUUCUACGCCUUUUCUUUGAAUUUUCCGAGCCUUGUUCUAUUCGUGACAUCCUUCUGUAAUGCUCUUAUCAUCGCUCACGAACUGAAACUCCGACUUAACUUUCUAUGGAAGUGUAUGAACGAGCAAGUAAUGCCCAAGUUGAUUUCACCAGUGAGAAUUCUUCGCCUAGCAGAGCGACCUUUUGACGAGUUUCAACGCAUCAUACUUCAGAAACACAUCGACAUCACAAAAGUGGAAGUAGAUGAUGCAUUUCAUACACUUAGAAACAGACGGUAUAGCUUUAAUCAGACGGUUCCUGUCGAUUGGAAGAAUCGGAUGCUGGAUUAUUGCUACAGAAAAUUGAGAAAGUGCUGCAACCGUCUUGAAAGGAAGCCUCAAGUCAAGCUGAAGAAUCUUAUUGCUGAAAGCAACUGGACUAAGCAUGUUAACGUGGACUUCAUGAUUAAUUUAUCAGACAAACCAGUGGAUAGUGCUACGACAGCGGCUUUGGGAUAUGGGUUAAGCUUUGGUGUAUUUAUUGGUAACCUGGACUGUGUCGACAUCUCAAUCCUUUUGUUAUUUAGAAAAAUUUAAUCAAAACCUAUGCCCUGAUAAUAUCAAUAUUUGUAAAGGUAUUGUGUAUGGUGCUAUGAGUAAACCCUCUCCCCCAAUGUACCCGUGAGAUUUCUCCAGGCUUUUAAGAAAAUUAAAGAAGACGAAACAGUGAAAGUGACAAAAGCAGAUAAAUCUAAUUCAGUGGUAAUAAUGAAUAAAAGUGACCAUAUAAGUAAAAUAAUGACAUUGUUAAAUGAUACAGAUACUUAAACGAAACUGAGGUCUGACCCUACACAGACAGUGAACUCCCAUUUUAAUAAACAAAUUAAGUCCAUUUUGAAGGGCUUGGACCAUUUAAUUAAACAGUUUACACCGCAAUGCGCCUCCCUACCUUAUAUGUAUGGUUUAGUCAAGACACAUAAAAUCAAUAACCCUAUAAGACUAAUCAUUAGUUCAGUGGGCUCAGUUACGUAUAAUUUAUCUAAAUGGCUUGUAAAAAUUCUUACUCCUUUGGUAGGAAACAUUUCUAACAGGAAUGUUAAAAACAAUGUUGAUUUAUAAACAAAUUGAAUAGUUUAAAUUUGAAUUUUGAUUUUAAUAUGGUUAGUUUUGAUGUUGUCUCUUUAUUUACAAAAGUGCCUGUAGAUGACUUACUUGAAUAUUUGGAGGAGGAAUUAGAACGUCAUGACAUUCCCUUAAGUGCAGUAAACCUCAUUAGUCUCAUAAGGUUAUGUAUCAAAGAUAGUAAAUUUUGUUUUAAUGGGGAAUUUUUUGUACAAAAGUUUGGCAUGGCUAUGGGUAAUCCCUUAUCUCCUGUCCUUAGCAAUAUUUACAUGGAAUUUUUUGAGACAAAACUCUUACCAAGAAUUUUGCCCCAAAAAGUUAUUUGGUUUAGAUAUGUGGAUGAUAUCUUCUGUAUUUGGCCAGUUCACGAAAAUCUCCAGGAAUUCCUUAAUAAUCUCAAUAAUUUAGUCCCUUCUAUAAAAUUUACUGUAGAGGAAGAAAGAAAUUGUAAUUUGAAUUUUCUUGAUGUAACUGUCCAUAGAAAUGAUAGAAAUUUCACCUUUUCAGUCUUUCGAAAAUCAACUAACAUUGCCUCUUUUGUUCAUUACUACUCCAAUCACCAUCAAAAUGUUAAAUUCUCUUUUUUCUGGGAUGUUCUUAAGGGCUUUACGUGUCUGUAGCCCGCAGUUUAUUGACGCUGAAAUUAAAACUACUUAUGAUAUUGCAUUGAAACUUAAAUACCCAAGGACUUUUGUAGAUGUGGCAUGGAAAAGAGCUAGAAAAACAUUUUAUUCAACUAAUGACAAACUUGAAUUUAGUAAGCAUAACAUUCUAAAAUUACCCUAUGAUGAAAGGUUUUUAGAUAUUCCUAGAAUUUUAAAGCUUUUUAACAUAAAUGUUGUUUUCAGUAAUAUUAAUGUCAAGAGUUUAGUAAUCAAAAAUUCUCCUAAAGAUCUUCCAGGCUGCAUAUAUGAAAUUCCUUGCAAAAAGUGUGAUAAAGUCUAUUACGGACAGACCGGUAAAUCUUCUUCACAACGUCUCAAACAGCAUCAAUAUUCUGUGAGAACUGGGCAAAUAUCGAAUGCAUUAUUUGUACAUAUCAGAGAUUUAGACCAUCCUAUUAAUGGAGUCAAGCAAGAGCCUUAAUCCCAUAUAAUGACACAGUUAAAAAGAAUAUCAUUGAAUCUUGUUUCUUCAAGUCAAAUAAUAGAAAUGUUCUAAAUUCAAGUCUUGGUUUAUUUAAACUUGAUGCUUUCAUAACGAAAUUGUAGAUAAAUUUAAGCAACAAAAUUAAUAUAUUCAGUUUUUACAUGUUUUGGACUGUAAAGAUACUUUGUAAUUUCGGCUAGGGUCAGAAUCUGUUUAAGUUUGUGACCGUGUGAUAUCCGAUAAUCCUGGAUUAUCCCUUUUAAUUUUUACCCUUUUGAUAAUUAACCAUCUGGUAUUCCUGAUCUUGUUUUUACCUGAGGCCUUCCUCUCCAAUUGUACUUCAUUAACUCCUUGACAUGUCUGAGUAAAGA